GCCCGUUUCCGCGGGUUGCCUCUGGUGUUGCCGGCGUGGUCUUCACUUCACUGUGCUAGGUUGACUGAACUUGUAUGCGCGCGCAGGAUGGUAUCAUGUCCGUAUUGAUCGGUCCAAGUCAAUGGAAACAACGAAACUUCUCUCUCUCUCUCCUCUCUUACAGUUACUUUUUGGGCCUUUCCACCAAUGUGAUAGUGAGCAAACAGGACUCCUCGUUCGCGAUGCCAAGGUGCGCGCCGUCUCCGUACGCCGAGCCGAAAUGGGCCGCGUCAGUGGCUCCUUCGUAAGGCAACAUGCCAAAUAUAGUAAUACAGUCCAGAAAUACAGACCAGGACACCACUUCGCCAAUCUUCUCUCCCUCUCUUUCCUCGCACCGUCCCGAAAAAAACAAAAGCCUCUUGGGAGCCCCAUUCCCGGUUGGGGGCCAUGCCUCCGAAGGGGCAUGAGUGACGCCGGCGCCCGACAUGGAUCUUCCGUUGUGUUCCCUCCUUCUCAUUUUCAUCGUAAUCGUGUACAUGUAUUUCGUCGCGAGAAUAAACCGUGUAUGAGGCGAACAAGGACCGUAUAAAGCGAAAAUCCAAGAUAUGUACGUGCAUCGCUGUAGCUAAAGGGGCACCUAUUCGUCGGUCCAGAGGCGGUUCGUGGAGGCACCCCGUAAGCUGGCGAAUGUU